AUGGAGCAUCUGGGUGAGGAGGGGGACCCUGCUAGGAUCUUUGAGCUUGUGGAGGUGGUUGGCAAUGGAACCUACAGACAGGUGUACGAGGGUCAGCAUGUCAAGACUGGGCAGCUGGCUGCCAUCAAGGUCACGGAUGUCACGGAGGACGAGGAGGAAGAGAUCAAACAGGGGAUCAACAUGCUGAAAAAAUACUCACCACUGCAACAUUGCCAUCUACUAUGGAGCUUCAUCAAGAAGAGUCCCCCGGGAAACGAUGACCAGCUCUCGCUGGUGAUGGGGUUCUGUGGUGCUGGUUCAGUGACUGACCUGGUAAAGAACAUGAAAGGCAACGCCCUGAAGGAGAACUGUAUCGCCUACAUCUGCAGGGAGAUCCUCAGGGGUCGGGCGCAUCUCCAUGCCCACGAGGUGAUCCGUCGAGACAUCAAGGGGCAGAAUGUGCUGCUGACAGAGAAUGCUGCGGUCAAGCUAGUGGAUUUUGGGGUGAGUGCUCAGCUGGACCGCACCGUGGGCAGCCGGAACACUUUCACUGGGACUCCCUACUGGAUGGCUCUAGAGGUCAUCGCCUGUGAUGAGAACCCUGAUGCCACCUACGAUUACAGGAGUGACAUUUGGUCUCUAGGAAUCACAGCCAUCGAGAUGGCAGAGGGAGCCCCCCCUCUGUGUGACAUGAACCCCAUGCGAGCCCUCUUCCUCAUUCCUUGGAACCCUCCGCCCAGGCUCAAGUCCAAGAAGUGGUAGGUCUCUGAGAGUUUCAUUGACUUCAUUGACACAUGUCUCAUCGAGACUUACCUGAGCCGCCCACCCACGGAGCAGCUACUGAAGUUUCCCUUCAUCCGGGACCAGCGCACGGAGCGGCAGGUCCGCACACGGCUUAAGAACCACAUUGACCGAUCCCGGAAGAAGUGGGAGGAGACAGAAUAUGAGCACAGCGGCAGCGAGGAGGAAGAUGACGGCCAUGGAGAGGAAGGAGAGCCCAGCUCCAUCAUGAACGUGCCUGGAGAGUCGACUCUACGCCAGGAAUUUCUCUGGCUCCAGCAGGAAAAUAAGAGCAACUCAGAGGCUUUAAAACAGCAGCAGCAGCAGCGAGACCCCGAGGCACACAUCAAACACCUGCUGCACCAGCGGCAGCGGCGCAUAGAGGAGCAGGAGAAGCGCGCUGGGUGGAGGAGGCUAUCACUACGACCCACUCUAUAUGGACUUCAGCAACAGCGGCGGGAGCGGGAGCAGCGGAAGCUGCAGGAGAAGGAGCAGCAGCGGCAGCUGGAGGACACGCAGGCUCUGUGGCGGGAGGAGGAGUGGCGGCAGGCCGAGCGCGAGCAGGAAUACAAGCGGAAGCAGCUGGAGGAGCAGCGGCAGUCAGAGCGUCUCCAGAGGCAGCUGCAGCAGGAGCAUGCCUACCUCAAGUCCCUGCAGCAGCAGCAACAGCAGCAGCAGCUUCAGAAACAGCAGCAGCAGCUCCUGCCUGGGGACAGGAAGCCCCUGAACCAUUAUGGUCGGGGCAUGAAUCCCGCUGACAAACCAGCCUGGGCCCGAGAGGUAGAAGAGAGAACAAGGAUGAACAAGCAGCAGAACUCUCCCUUGGCCAAGAGCAAGCCAGGCAGCAUGGGGCCUGAGCCCCUCCCCCAGGCCUCCCCCAGGCUCCCAGGACCCCUUUCCCAGACUCCUCCUAUGCAGAGGCCAGUGGAGCCCCAGGAGGGACCGCACAAGAGCCUGGUGGCACACCGGGUCCCACUGAAGCCAUAUGGAGCACCUGUACCCCGAUCCCAGUCCCUGCAGGACCAGCCCACCCGAAACCUGGUUGCCUUCCUAGCCUCCCAUGACCCCGAUCCUGCCAUCCCCGCACCCACUGCCACGCCCAGUGCCUGAGGAGCUGUCAUCCGCCAGAAUGCAGACCCCACCUCUGAAGGACCUGGCCCCAGCCCGAACCCCCCAGCCUGGGUCCGCCCAGAUAACGAGGCCCCACCCAAGGUGCCUCAGAGGACCUCAUCUAUCGCCACUGCCCUUAACACCAGUGGGGCCAGAGGAUCCCGGCCAGCCCAGGCAGUCCGUGCCAGUAACCCCGACCUCAGGAGGAGCGACCCUGGCUGGGAACGCUCGGACAGCACCCUUCCAGCCUCUCACGGGCACCUCCCCCAGGCUGGCUCACUGGAGCGGAACCGCGAGGGAGCCUCCUCCAAAGUGGACAGCUCCCCAGUGCUCUCCCCUGAGAAUAAAGCCAAGCCCGGUGACCACCGCCCACAGCCAGGCCGGCCCACAGACUUCGUGUUGCUGAAAGAGCGGACCCUGGACAAGGCCCCUCGGCCUCCCAAGAAGGCCAUGGACUACUCAUCGUCCAGCGAGGAGGUGGAAAGCAGUGAGGAGGAUGAGGAGGAAGGCGAAGGCGGGCCAUCAGAGGGGAGCAGAGACACCCCUGGGGGCCGUGUUCACCCAGAGCACCUGGGAUUUCUUUAAAACCUGGCCCUGGCUAAGAGGAACAGAGCAGCCAGCGGGGGGCAGGCCUCGCUGAUGUUUCUCUCUAGACUUCACCCCACUUUGCCACCCAUGGCGUGGAGUUAGACAGUCACACCCAGAGCUCCUAGACAACCUGGACUGCAGGGUGUUCCAAGCCCUCCUGGUGCAGUGGGACACCCAGGUGCUAACGGCAAGCCUGGCAGUGCUGGGUCCCCUGGGCUAACAGGAUGUCCAGGGAGCCCCGGGAGUCCAGGAGCCGUGGGCCUGAAAGGAAGCAAAGGGGACACAGGACUUCAAGGACAGCAAGGAAGAAAAGGAGAAUCAGGAGUUCCAGGCCCUGCAGGUGUGAAGGGAGAACAGGGGAGCCCGGGGCUGGCAGGCCCCAAGGGAGCCCCUGGACCAGCUGGCCAGAAGGGAGACUGGGGAGUGACAGGAUCUUCUGGGGAGAAAGGAGUGAAGGGAGAAAAAAGUGAAAGAGGUGAAAACACAGUGUCCGUCAGGAUUGUCAGCAGUCAUAACCGAGGCUGGGCUGAAGUUUACUACAGUGGUACCUGAGGGACCAUUUGCGAUGAUGAGUGGCACAAUUCUGAUGCCACUGUCUUCUGCCGCAUGCUGGGUUACUCCAGAGGAAGGGCCCUGUACAAAGUGGGAGCUGAUGGAGUCUCACACCGUUGCCCAGGCUGUAGUGCAGUGGCACGAUCUCAGCUCACUGUAAGCUCUGCCUCCCGGGUUCACACCAUUCUCCUGCCUCAGCCUCCCAGGUAGCUGGGACUACAGGCGCCCAUCACCACGCCCAGGUGUAUCAUCUUUGUAACACUGGCAAUUGGAGAUGUUCCGGAUCACCAGUGGCACCUAUAGCGCCUUACCAGCUUUCCAGCACUUGGUGACAGUUUCUCUCAAUUGUCCAUGAAUUGACACUUGGAUUAGCCUGGUCUGUCCCAACAACCUUAUCAGCUCCUUGACAGGAGGGAUAUGCCCUCUCUUCAUGGUGUAUUCCUCAUGUCAUGUUAGAGAUGCAGUAGGUAUUUAGCAGUUAUAUUGGUUCACUGUGUAUUCGUUGAGUGUUUAUUAUGUAUAAGGCAGUUUAAUUAAAUUUCAGUGCAUUGAAAUACUCAUAUCUGUGUAUUCACAGCUGCCAAUGUCUGGUUAGUUCAAGGAAAAAUUACAAGGACUUUAUCAAGUUCUACUUUACUAAAGAGGAAGAAGCGAGCAACAGUGUGGGGCGGGGAAAAGGCCCCUACAUUGAUCAAACUUUUAGGCCCUUUAGAGGUGAUCCUUUUGACACAUAAAUGACAGACACACACUCUUUUAUACAGCUUGAUUCAAGUGCACAUACAUGUCCAUAAAAGAAUAAUAUUUUUUAAAAGUUGCAUCAGAAUAUAUCUUUUCCUGUGCUGUUAGGUAAUUGUUGAUGAACAGCACUUGGAUUUCCUGUUGGCAUAUACUAUUUCGGCUAUUCAUCAGUGUAGUUCCUGGACACACAUGGAAAUUCUUCAAGCCCUGGCAGCUCUGGUGUACUGCAGUGGCUCAAAAUGUCAAAAGGUAGUUUAAAGUGCUUUAUCCUUCCUUUGAAAGGCCAGGAGCACAGGCUCUGGUGCCAACACUGUGUUCAGGUUUCUAUCUUGCCACUAAUCUCUAGCAAUUCUUAUUCAACCACUCUGGGCCUUGUUUCCUUGUGUAUAAAAU